AUGCCUUGUGUAAAGAGUGGUGAAAAGGAGCCUCCAGCAUCUUCUGCCCGAGCUAAGAAGGCUUUCCGAGAGGGGUCAAGAAAAUCGUCCAGAGUAAAGGGUGCAGCUCCAGAGCAGGAGCCAACGGAGCACCCGUCUCUGUGGGAGAACAAGAUAAAGACGUGGAUGGAGCGUUAUGAGGAGGCCAACAGCAAUCAGUACAGCGAGGACGUCCAGGUCCUAUUGCGUGUUAAAGAGCAAGGCGAUGGCAAGAGCCUGGCAUAUAACACACACCCAGCCUCUUUUAAGCCACCUGUGGAGAGUCAAGUUCAAAAAAACAAGAAGAUCCUCAAGGCGGUGCGAGACUUGGCCCCAGACUCCCUCAUCAUUGAGUACAGGGGAAAGUUCAUGCUUCGACAGCAGUUUGGGGCCAACGGAUACUUCUUCAAAAGCUUCACCAGUCUAGCUACUGUCCCCACGUCUCCUGGCGUCCACACUGAUCCCCACACGGCUGAGUGGGUCCUGCUGAGAGUGAUCAAACGAAAGUGGAGUGAGCCACGGUGGACUGGGCCCUACAAGGUGACUGAAAGGACAUCUCACGCAGUCCGCCUACAGGGAAAGGGAGAGACGUGGUACCACUGGAGCCAGUGUGUCCCUGCGGAGGCACCAACGAGACCGCUGACAGAAGUCCAGGCAGACCUCAAACAG